AUGACGAUUUCGUAUGGCGAGGGAUUGUCCUCAUUUAUGCUACGAUGGCGGGGAUCGUUGUGGAAAGCGGUAUUAAAGGAUUUAAUUGCCUUCUACUUCGUUUAUUAUAUUAUUCUAUUUUUUCAGUGGUAUUACCUGGAUGAAAAGCAAAAAGAAUACUUCACAGGAUGGAUUAUUUGGUGUGAAAUUGGCUCACAAUAUAUUCCCUUAUCUUUUUUGCUUGGCUUUUUUGUUGCUGUUGUGGUAGCACGAUGGUGGGAACAAUUCAAUUAUAUCAGUUGGCCUGAUAAAUUAAUGAUGAUGGUAGCAACAUGCUUACCUGGUGAUCAUAAUUUGCCCAUUCGACAAGCUAUUGCAAGAUGGUCUAGUUUACAGUCAGCUAUUGCUUGGUCCGGAAUAUCGGUUCGUACGCUAAAACGAUUUCCAACGGAACGACAUUUGGUGGAGGCAAAUUUGAUGACCGAAGAAGAGUAUAAAAUGUUUACAGGUGUAGAGGCAAGAUAUGGCAAAUGGUUUGUACCGGUAGUGUGGAUAUCAAAUUUGUUGGGAACAUUAUACCGACAACAGCGAAUUGAUUCCGUACAACUCAAUAUGCUAAUGCAGCAAUUGUACUCGUUUAGGGAUGGUUUCGCUAUGCUGUUUGUUUACGACUGGGUGAAGAUACCUCUUGUUUAUACACAGGUAGUGGCAAUAGCAACCUAUGGAUAUUUCAUGAUCUGUUUGAUUGGACGCCAACCGAAAAUUGAUGAACAUUCAAUGAAAAAAGAAGUCUCCAUAUUGUUUCCAGUUUUUACAACUCUUCAAAUACUUUUUUACAUUGGAUGGCUUAAAGUUGGCCAAUAUUUAAUGAAUCCAUUCGGUGAAGAUGACGAUGAUUUUGAGCUAAACUACGUAUUGGAUCGAAAUACAUUCAUCGCACACAUGUUAGCAUCAGAUUUGGCUAAUCAAUUGCCGACAAUUUGUAGGAAUGGAACACGCGUCCUCCUACCACACACUAAGGCAUCAUUUAAAAUACAGGAUGUCAUCCCAAAAAGUCAUUUAAUGGAUUUCAAGUUAACAGAAGACGAGAUGAAACUUAUCCAACUGGAUGAACUCGUGGAAAACAAUGAAAAUGAUCGAAAAAGAGCUAAACGGAAAUCUGGAUUACUAUUACGAAGUAUCAGAGCCAACAGAAAGUAUUUUCGACAUUUCUCUUCCGCGCAGCAAUAG